GGCCGAGAUUAAUUAACGUUAAUGACAUGAAUCCCGCGUUCUUUGUGUGUUUAUUUGAUUUGUGGGUGUAGUUGCCGAAGUGCCUGGUCCUCCGGUGCCUCAACUGCGCGUUUUUUUCGGGCACACUUCAUUACAUUCUGAGUUAGUAGCCUCCACUAAACGUACAAGGGACACGCAAAAUGAAGUACGCAUGCAGAGCUGGUGACACGCUUGGCUGCCUCUCGGGAGGUGCUUUCGCUCGCGUCUAGGAAUCCUCUCUGAAUAUUUAAAGGAGGGGACCCACGAGUGAGAGCAAAACGCGGCGCUCCGAGGAGGUGCGAGAAAGACGAAGGCGCUGGGCUGACCGGCACCUGGGGUGAGCUUGGAAGGGAAGACUAGCAAAUCUCGUCUCAGGAUCUAAUAGCACUGUAGAAGAUCCAUCGAGGUACUCGGUUCCUUGAAGAUGAGAUUCGGUUUUUUUCUUCACGGGAAGGAACUUAAGAAAAUAUUUGUGAUUCCCAUUGCAAUAUUUCACGGAUUACAUCGGCCUGAAAAGAUAACGUUUGUGUAGAUAACAUUGUUCGUGGAAGUCAGAGGAAGCCACUCGUGGACUGACGGGAAAGUUCCAAGCGCAUGGAGCGACAGGCUGUCUCCAGCGAUCCUCUCCCCAGGUGUACAUCUAAUGAAACCUGUAGGAUCUGAGCGAAGCUGCGGCUGGGAAAUUAUGGCAGGCGACGCAGUAAAGCGCAGGAGCGGCCGCUGUACAAUUAAGGACUAAACGAGCCGCUGGAAAGCCACUCAACAGUUCUUCCAUGCAGGUUGAUUGUUUAGUGAGGUUGUCACUGCAGAUGUUAGAACGUGGUAGGCUUUGCAGAUCAUUCAUGUAUCCCACCACACCUUGCUCAAAUUGCAAAUAUCGAUUUACGAAUGGACAGUACAAAGUUUCAGUGAAGUGAGUAUCCUCUGUCUUACGGCGACUACGCUGCGCGACAUGAGCUUUAUUGCUUUCAUGGUGCCAGGGUGGGCAGCUGCUUUGUAACCAUCUGUGGCGGACAUCGCUUGAGCGAGGAGUACAUUACUCGGCGCCUCUCUCUCUUUCUCUCUCUCUCUCUCUCUCCCUGCUGGAGUGAAGCGCGCACCCCUCGACAAUUCCAAUCGUUGGAGUGAGGCACGCACCCCUCGAAAUCGCCGGUACAGCUGGAGUGUACACUUCACUAUCCCCGAGCUGGCUCCUCCGCUCACGUCACAAGAUCCCCGGGAUCCGGGAAUAUCAUCUACUUGUUGGCUUCCUUCAGUCUACAUUCGCAAAAGCGGUAGCCCAUCACCGUAAACGGCCGUAUGACAUCUCCGCGUUUCUCACCCGAUUCACCGAGUUUAACGCUGAUAAGAGAAAAGUGACACCCCGCACGAGUAGUGAACCCCUUUUUUUCCUAUGAGGAUCGCCGUUCGGUUUUGGUCUUUGGAUUAUCAACAUGCCUCUUCAUCCAGUGACCUCAACGUUAAUGUACAGAGGGAUCUGUACGAUACCAGAUAUUCUGUCGUAUAAGACCCCUGUUAACAUCCCGGAAGAUGAAUUAGAAGAGAUUCGGGAGGCAUUCAAAGUGUUUGACCGAGAUGGAAAUGGCUUUAUCUCCAAGCAGGAGUUGGGCAUGGCCAUGCGCUCCCUGGGAUACAUGCCCAACGAGGUGGAACUUGAGGUCAUUAUCCAGCGACUGGAUAUGGAUGGGGAUGGACAAGUAGACUUUGAAGAGUUUGUAACGUUGCUGGGGCCCAAGCUUUCCACAGCAGGAAUGCCCGACAAGUUCCACGGCACUGACUUUGAUAGCGUUUUUUGGAAGUGUGACAUGCAGAAGUUGACAGUGGAAGAGCUGAAGAGGCUUCUUUAUGACACCUUCUGCGACCACCUGUCCAUGAAAGAUAUUGAGAACAUCAUCAUGACAGAAGAAGAAAGUCAUAUAGAAAACCAAGAAGAAUGUGCAGUGGAUAUCGACACAAGUCCAACCCAGCAGAUUAAGCAGACCUGCGUGAGGAAGAGUCUCAUCUGUGCCUUCGCUAUUGCAUUCAUCAUCAGCGUAAUGCUGAUUGCAGCCAACCAAGUCCUGCGGAGCGGGAUGAAAUAGUGCUCAAACUCUGGACUGAGCCACCGAGAUGGGGAGAGUUACAGAAAGAACGCACAUCUUUAUGAACCACUGGCGUGAGCAGCAACCCAAAGGACAACAAGAACACGUCCAUUACAGUGGAUGGAUGGGAUUCUCUUGGAAACAACACCCCUUUUUGUGUGUUGGACAAGAUCUGCAGGACAGGAGAAAACGAAGAAGACAAAUAAACAUUUGUUUGAAGCAUGAAGAUGCAUGGAUUUACAGUCAUGUAAACAUUCUUCUAUAAAUCGGAGACAUCUAAUUGCAUAUAUACAUAUAUCUUGUAUGUAUGUAUGUAUGUAAA